AUGGGUCUUCCGCAGCGCCGCUCGCUCACCGUAGCUGAGCCCGCGCGCGGCUCGCUCCCCGGUGCACCGCACCCAAACGUGAUGCUCGUCAUCCGAUUCCUCGUCACCGGCCUCGUCGCACUGCUCUCGCUCGCCACCGCCAUCAUCGCCAUCCUCAUCGUCGAUUUCUACAACUCCAACGACCCCAUCAUCCGUCCGUCGUGGGGUUCGCUCAUCUUCCUCAUCAUCCUCGGCCUCUUUACGCCCAUCAUCUACUUUGGCUACAACAUCUUCCUGCCGCUCAUGCCGUUCAUCAACUACGGCGACUUCCUCUACUCGCUCUUUAUGGUCAAGAUCGAGCUGCUCCUCCAGUUUGCCAUGUGCGUCCUCUGGGUGUCGGGCGCGCUGGCUUAUGCCAACGAUCUGCGUGGCCGCGAAAACUGCCAGUUCGACGGUUACUGGCACUACGAAAAGCCCGCCAACUUUAACCACGUCUGCGAUCUCUUCGAGUACGCCACGGGCUUUGCGUAUGCCACGUUCGGCGUGCAGGUCUUCCUCUUUGUCAUCGAGCUGCUCUACGGCAUGUACAUCUUCCUGCUGCUCGAUCAGGAGAGCCUCAACGAGCCUCACUUUGAGUGGGGUCGCAGGGCGUACAACUAUGCGCAGCAGUCCAAGCAGCAGCAGCGACAGAAUGCCAUCGGUCGUUCGCCCGUUCGUGCCACGGCUGUAGGUGGUGCAGGCGGUGCGCCCGCUGCCUCCUACCGCGACACGGGCAGGAGGAGUCCCGGUUCUUCGGUCAGCUCGAGUGCAGGCGUGGGCAGCGCAGCCCAGGGCAGGAGAGGCGCGGCGUACAAUGACCCCGACAUGGAGUCCAGGGCCAGCGCACCCGUCUCGCUCGGAAGCCGCGGUCGUCGAGGCGUCGCAUACGGCGGCAUGGUCGACGAAGACGAGGAGAGCCAGAUCGGCGGUAGGCCACUCUCGCAAUCCUCGUCUCAGGGCGACGUGGGCGGUGGCCCCCUAGCCGCUGCAGCCGCCGCCGGUGGCAGGGCAAGCUCCAGGGGCGGCUCCAAGAGGGGAUCCCGCCGAGGCCCGCUCUCCGACGAAGAAAGCGGCUGGCAUCUGCGCGAAGAAGAUUCGGAGCGAUGA